AACCAAUGAAAACGAGAGAAAUUACGGAAGGAAGAAAGGAAGGACAGCCUAUGCAAGGAAAUAGCAGGCGAUAAAGAAAUGGAGACAAGAAAAUUAACAGGAGCACAGAGGAAGAGAGGGCAGAGGAGAUAGCAAUGACGGUGUGGCGGCGCGGGUGCUGUGGCCGUGGCGUGUGCAGCGGCGGAGCAGCGCACGGUGUCGCUGCAGGCUCAGGAACGGCUCGGUGCGGGCGGCUCCGCCCCGGUGCGGCGGAGAGCCCGGCUGUGAGCGCGGGGGGGCGGCGCGGGCCGGGCAGCAGAGCCGGUGCGUCCGGGCGGCGGCGGGGAGCCGUGCGGGGCCCGGGCCGGGGCCGGCAGCCACAGCGGCAAGAGCGGCGAGAGCGGCAGCGGCGGCAGGGAGGAUGGGCGAGCGGUGGUGUGCGGCGGUGCUGCGGGUGCUGGUGCUGCAGGCGCUGGCCUGGGCGCUGGCGGGCGGGCAGGUGCGCUACUCGGUGGCGGAGGAAGCCAAGGCCGGCACGGUGGUGGGCCGUCUGGCGCAGGACCUGGGCCUGGAGGCGGGCGAGGCGGAGGCGCGGCGGCUGCGGCUGGUGGCUCCGGGCCGGCGGGCGAGCGUGGAGGUGAGCGGGGCGAGCGGCGCGCUGCUGGUGAGCUCGCGGCUCGACCGGGAGGAGCUGUGCGGCAAGAGCGCGCCGUGCGCGCUGCGCCUGGAGGUGCUGCUGGAGCGGCCGCUGCGCGUCUUCCAUGUGCAGCUGGAGGUCACCGACAUCAACGACAAUGCCCCCGUCUUCCCCGCCGCCCGAAAGAACCUCAGCAUCGCGGAAUUAUCUGUGCUGGGGUCUCGUUUCCCACUGGAGGGCGCGUCGGAUGCGGAUAUCGGAGCGAACGCACAGCUCUCUUAUACACUCAGCCCCAGCGAGCAUUUCUCUCUGGAUUUAGAGCGGAGUGAGGAAUACCGAGAAUCCCUGUUUCUGGUACUCACGAAAUCUCUGGACCGCGAGACGAUUCCCGUGCACCGGUUGGUGCUGACGGCGAGUGACGGGGGCCGGCCGUCUCUGACGGGCACCAUGGAGCUGGUGAUCUCGGUGGAGGAUGCGAAUGACAACGCGCCCCAAUUCAACCAGACGGUGUAUAAAGUACAACUGCCGGAGAACGCUACGGAGGGGACGUUUGUGGCGAGGGUGAAUGCCACGGAUCCGGAUUUGGGAAGUAAUGGAGAAGUGACAUUUAGUGUGAGCAAUACUUUUCCUGAAAAGGGAAUAAAUAUUUUCCUUUUAAAUGCGAAGACGGGUGAAAUUCAUUUGGCAGGCAUCGUGGACUAUGAAGAAGCUCGUUUAUAUGAGAUACAAAUAGAAGCGAGAGAUAAGGGUAUGCCCCCGCUGUCGGGUCACUGCAAGGUGGUGCUGGAGGUGCUGGACGUGAACGACAACGCGCCGGAGGUGUGGGUGACGUCGCUGUCGGUGCCGGUGGCGGAGGACGCGUCGGUGGGGACGGUGGUGGCCCUGCUGAGCGUGUCGGACCGGGACUCGGGGGAGAACGGGCGCGUGCGGUGCUGGGUGUGGCCGGCGUCGCCGUUCGGUCUGGAGGCGACGUUCGCGGGCUCGUACUCGCUGGUGCUGCGCGAGGCGCUGGACCGGGAGCGGGUGUCGGAGUACGAGGUGGAGGUGCGGGCGGAGGACGGCGGGGCGCCGGCGCUGCGCGCCAGCCGCGGGCUGCGGGUGCCGGUGUCGGACGUGAACGACAACGCGCCCGCCUUCGCGCAGGCCGUGUACACGAGGGUUCUGUUUUUCCUGUGUGGCAUUUCCACCCGAGUUGGGUGA